UAAUACCGGUAGCAAAUGCAAUGCAAAUUGAAUGCAAAAUGCAUUUUCGCAAUGGAUCCAGUAUUCAAAAACUCGUGUAUUUUCUCUAUCGACGAUCGAUCUUGAACGAAGCCACUGCCUUGAUAAAUACACGUAAAUAAUAAUAAGGCGAUCUGUGUGGCUCGCUGUAUCAUCGAGGAACGUUUGUUUUAUUUAACGGUUAGAAUAUCGACUUUGAGUGGCUGAACAGUGAGUUGGAUUAGUUCUGAACUGCAUUUCUUCACUGCAGGCUUGCAGCGAACAAUGCAAUGCCAGCCAAACGGCGACAGCGGGGUAAUAAGGUGCGGGCGAAGGGCACCCGUGCCAAAGACUUGUCAUCAGAAGAUAUGGAUUCACAGGACCAAUUAAAUGAAAUUACAAACAGGUUGGCCAAGAAGCAACUGAAAUCCAGUACAGACACAGAAGUCGAGAAGGAGAACCAUGGCAAAAGACUGGGAGGAGAUGGCUACGAUGCUGAUUUUGAGACCAGUGAGUUUGACACCACAUCAGCAGGAAGUGAUAUGGAUUGCCAGACCCAACCCAGCAAACCUUCCGAUUCCUUCAGAGGUGUACUAUCACCCAGCCAGGGAUCAUCAGGCAAACGGAAGGGGAACAUUCAAGGGAGUCUGCAGAAGCAAGUGGUUAUGAGACAGAGUCGACAGGCACCGACGCGGAAUAGCAUCAGGUCUAGCAGAUCCUCCCAAAGUCAGCAGAGCAUACAAACACAAGGAAGAAGGCAGAGCAGAAGGAAAACGCGCAGCACAGACUCCUCCGGCGGACCAUCACGGUACAGCUCCAUGGCCUCCUCCUCCCUGCUGAAGUCCCCUGAGAUGAUGUUCUCCCUCCCCAACGGGUCGGACAGUUCAACCCCACUGUCGGGCGGGGUCGACUCCAAGAGCGAAGCAAACGAUUCUUGCUUUGGGUUUGAGGUACUCCUUUCACCACCCCAGCAGUUGCCAAUCUCACCCGUCCUUCCUGAGUCCCUGUCCUACGUGGCGGACAGUCUUGCCUCGUCUCCUCCCUUAGGGGGCCAUCGGAAAGAGGUGGAGGAGGAGGAGGAUGUACAGGACACACCCCCUUCCCCAUCACCAUCGGACAAUCUGGUCUUGAGGUUGUCUCCGUCACCCCAGCGUGCCGUACCAGAGUCAUCAUCAAUGUACUCCUCUAUGGACUCUAAGUCAUACACAACAUCAAGGGGCAGUCAGAAGAGGAAGGUGGAUGUCAAGCUCAUGGGUCUUAUCCACAAAGAAGACGAGAAAGCUCCUCCAAAGAAAACAGUGAAAAGAAGAAAAACACAGAAGAAGAAGGAAGAAGAUGCCUGGACCAUGAAAAUGAGCACAGAGUUUGACGAUAUUGAUAUGUUCGAGCUGACGGUGGAAUGACUGUGCAUGAAACCAUCUACAGUAACUAAAUGUCUAAUGUGAUCCAUGUCAGGUGACGUGAGAACUUUCCUUUCUAAACAGUUAUCAGCUGUGUUCGCUUACACAGUACAGUUAUAUGUGAUGUGAUAUAAGCAGUCCUCUUUUUAUGUGUGAAAGGGAUGAACAUUGGAAACUGCAGUGUGAACGGGGACAUUGACUGAGUACACAGCACAAGCUGUACUGUGAUUUGGAAUAUUCAUGAAUGAUGACACAUUCUGAGUUCCUUAAAAUGUAGCGUCAUCCGAUGCAUUGGCAUUAUUAUAUGAGAUGUUAAAACAUCUGUUGUAGCAGUAUUGUAUGUGAAAAGGAACAGAUUUGAAAAACUGCAUUGAACAUUUGUUUUCUUUUUUUGCUAAUGCUUUUAUACAUAUAAUAAUAUGGUGUACAUUGUAGGUGUAUUAUGUUGGUAAUGGUGCCAGUCUUGCAUAACCUGAAAGGAAAUAGGGGAUGGCAAAGAAAUCACAUAAUGUAGUUUUUGCUAAGUGUAUAUAUGUAAAUAUAGAUCUUCAUUAUUUUACUGAAUGAUUAUCAUGCAUGCUAUGAAAUUAAACACUAUCCACCUAAGUAGUAUUAUUUGUCCAUGUGUGUAGUUACCAAUUUAGUUCAGAUUGAUCGAGCCUGGGUCUAGCAAGAUUGGCUGGAGAGUAAGAUUAAUUUGUAAUUCUUUUGCCCAAAAAGGUGGGCAGAUAUUUUUUAUGGUAUGGACUCAAUGAGCAUCACAAAUGGAGUGAUAAUUAAGAUUGUAUAUCAGAAAAGAGGAGUAAAAAUGCUUGAUGUUUAAUUCAAUCUCCUUCUUUUGCCCUAAAAAUGUGGGCAGAUAUUUGUUAUGGUUUAUGGUAGUAAGCUAUGAGCAUCACAAAUCAAGUGUUUAUCAAGAUUGUAUAUCACAAAAGAGGAGUAAAAAUGAUUAGAAAAAUAUAUUUGUUACAUGGAUGUUCAAUUUUAUCUCCUUCUACCCCAAAAAGAGGGGCAGAUUUUGUAAUGGUAUUGAGCAAUGUGCAUCACAAAUCAAGUGAUAAUUAAGAUUGUAUAUCGUAAAAAUGAGUAUUAACAUACAUUUGUCACAUGGAUGUUUAAUUCGAUCUCCUUCUUAUGCCCAAAGAAGAUGGGCAGAUUUGUUUAUGGUAGUGAGCAAUGAGCCUCACACAUCAAGUGAUUAUUAAGAUGGUAUAUCACAAAAGAGGAGUACAAAUUAUUUUUAACCUUCAUUUGUCACAUGGGUGUUUAAUUGAAUCUACUUCUUUUGCCCAAAGAAGAUGGGCAGAUAUGGAAGUGAACAAUAAGCAUCACAAAUCAAGUGAUUAUUAUGAUUGUACAUGUAUAUCACAAUAGAGGAGUAGACAUGAUUAUUAACAUACAUUGUCACAUCAAUGUUUAAUUUAAUCUCCUUCUGCCCCAAAAAGGUGGGCAGAAUUUUGUUAUGGUAGUAGGCAAUGAGCUUCACAAAUCAAGGGAUUAUUAAGAUGGUAUACCACAAAAGAGGAUUAGAAAUGAUUAUUAAAAUACAUUCGUCACGUGGAUGUUCAAUUUAAUCUCCUUCUGCCCAAAAAAGGUGGGCAGAUUUUUUUUUAUGGUAGUGAGCAAUGAGCUUCACAAUUCAAGUGAUAAUUAAGAUGGUAUAUCACAUAAGAGGAGUAGAUAUGACUAUGAACAUUUGACUCUUGGAUGUUAAAUUUAAUAACUUUAAAAGAAAUGUGGUACUUCAAUGUUGAAGUAUGGUUCUUUUGUAAAAGUAUAACAUACGUCCAUUUGCUUCAGAUUUUUGAACUGUGAUUGUGUGGUGUUGAAAGCACAAAGUUGGUUAAACUUUGGUUUAAACAAGGAACAUGGAAUUUACAGACUUUUAAGAGGUGUCUUAGUCUACACACAUAGUGAAUACAUCACCAGACUGUGGAUCAUGUGGUUUAAGGUCCGAGUCCUGUUGCAGCACUAAUAUCCUUUGGCAAGACAUUGAUCUAUAUUUGCCACUCCUCCCAGGUGAAGCAAAUGAGUAUGUGGUAAAAAUAGAUUCCUUGUACACUUUUAGUGCCCUAGGGCAGCUGGGCCAAAGCUAAGGUAUUAAGAGUACUUUGUAGGCACUUUGAGCAUCUCCUGGGAUAGAUAUAUGCACUAUAUAAAUGUAACUUUUGUUACUCCUAGUAUUUUUUCGGGGAAAGAGUGGUAUAUUAGUUUUGGUCAGCAGUUUUGUUCCUUCUACACGUCAUUCAACAUUGUCAAGCCAUGAAUUAAAAUCACUACAGAUUUAGAUUUUCAAUUUCAAUAUAUAAACAAGUGACAAUCAGUCUGUAUGGAAUUGAUGAUUUAUAAUAUGUUGACUGUACCAGUAACCAUGUAUAACAAAAAUGUGACUACACAUGGUAUGUAUACUGGUACUCUUAUUUUUUGAUCAACCAAAAUACAAGUGAAGUAGGCCAACAAAAUUCCUACGUAGGAAUUGUGAUCCCUGAUCAGAAGAUUGGUCAGGAGAUUCAGGUAUCGGAGGUUGUAUUUUGCUUCUUUUACAAUUGAUUUGCUUGAUUUGCUUUUAAUGUUUGUUUUUUAUCAAUGUUUUUAUGAAUGAACAUUGUAUAUAAUAGUCUAGUACCAUUCAUUACUGCGUGUAUGUAGCAAACUAUUUCGAUUUGAUUUGUCAUGAGACAAAAGUCAAAAAAGUUGUAAAGAAAUAGAUAUGCUUAGCUUGAAAUUUGACAAAUAAUCUACGAUACAGGAAAGAUUUUCUCUGGUACAUGUACAGUGUAAAAUACAAAAAACAUGUACAGAUAUGCUUGUUUCCAUGAUCGCUUUUCUUAUAGCCUAUUAUGGGUUGUAUGCUUUAUUGUACAAUUUUGCACUAUCAAGGUACUUGACAAGUCAAUGUUGUACAUAUUGCUAUGCUUUCAUCUUUUUUUCUUGUUUAGGACUAAGAAAAGAGUAAGUUGUGCUAGCAUUAUAUGUAGGCAAUGCAUGGAAUACUUGUUUUAACACUUUAAACAAAAAUCAUAAUGCAGUCUACAUGUAUUAGAUUAUUAGGUUUGAUUUUUGAAUUUUAAAUCAAAAGUGACACUGUAUGAAACAGCUUUUUGCAGUUAAUGGUUUUUGUGUGCAGGGCAUCCACAUUAUUACUAGUCUAUAAUCAAGAUUUGAAACAAAGUUAUCUGCACAGUUAUUCAAGAUAGGCUGUAGAUUUGUAGAGUAAAUAUAAUUUUCAAGUAUUGUUAACAUAUUUGAUGCUUGGAAACCUGUGCAAGAUUUUUAGAAAAUGAUCAUGCUUGAUUAAGAAAGAAAUUCACUUUUUCAUCACAUAUUUGGGUAUCAUUUGUUCAAAUAUUACAUAAGAAUUGGCAAAGAAUGUCAUUUGAUGUAUUAUUUAUACAUUAACAUCUGUCAUCGCAUAAACAAAAGAAAAGUGGUGCAGUUCUCUAUAUUCAAACAUACCAUUUAUAGGUGAAAAACAUUACAUUUUGUAAAUAGAAUUAUGAUAUGGCAUAUUUCAUGAUUAAAUGAGAAAGAACCAGAAAAUGAGA